GUGUGCGAAAACUCCUAAUUUGAUGGCGGAUAACUUAGGAAGAGAAACGCAAGAUUCCAGAGUCAACACACCAGGAAAUUCUCCAAUUGUUGUGACUGUUUCAGGAAUAGCUGGAACAAGGACUCAGCUUGCUACCAAUGCUGUCAGCAACUGUGGCUCAAGUGUUAUAGAUAAGCCAUCGUCAAACGUUUUCAGUUUUAUCCCAAAUAAUUUGUGUGUCACAUCUUCUCGACCAUCAAUCACAAUGACUGGAGCCACCUUUUCAAUACCUGUACAUAUUACCCAAACUUCAAUUUCUUCAAUUAGUACACCCUUAACACCAACUUCACAGAGUAUCAGUUGGCUAGCUGCUGGACCUUCACUUUCUCAGCCUCUUGCUGUUGUAAACUCCCCUAUAAGCUCAGGACAGCUUUUAUUUCCAUCUACUCCACCUGUACAGAUACUGAGUUCUGGAUCAGUAUCAACCACUGCCACUCUUACUUCUUGUCCAUCUAUGCCAGUCUUCUCGUCUCAGCAUCCAGUCGGAACAGUCACAAAGAUUGUUGGAACAACACCAUCCUCAUGUUCCAUGUCAAAUAGCAGCUCACUUCCUUCUUGUAUGAACCCUUCAGGCAAAGGUACACAUGGCUACAUCAAAACUAUGGUGAGCCCUAAAUUAAGCACAGAGAUUCGAACCAGUGCUGUAUCUCUUGUAGCUGAUAGAAAAGUGCUCGCUGAGAUACUUCCAUCUUCUCUGAAACCUAAAGAACCACUCUUGACAACCAACAUAUCAACUCUGCCAAUAAGUCUUCCUCCUGGUUUGACAGUGGUAGCUCCACCAGCUCUCAGACUGCCAUCAGUCUCAUUGCCUCUUUUAUCUUCGGGAGUUCCUUCUGUACCAUUUCUUGCCUCCUGUUCUAUGGUUUCUAGUCCUUCUGGAGGAUUCAUUAAAGUUGUGAAAAAUAUCCAACCUCCCAUUUCGCAAGCACAUGUUGAGACUUCUGCUUCUCCUCUUCUGACAUUAUCUUCCCAUCCACUCUGUUCCUCUUUUCCAUCCUCUAGCUCUGGAACCCCAUCUGUGGCUUCAUCUUUAACUUUGAACUCUGCAUCAAGUUUAAAUUGUGGACCCUCCUCAGUGCUAUCUGGGUCAGCAGUGACUCCACUAGUUAAUGUAACAAAUUCAUUGAAUGCUAACCAGUCAUUCAGUGGUUCCAAGAUUGACCCUCAUCAUCCUGACUUCGAUCCUAUAAAAGCUAUGGACUGGAAAGAUGGAAUAGCUACUCUCCCUGGCAGUAAUAUGAAGGUAAAGAAUAGUUCUACAGAAAUAUAUUAA